AGGAGUUUCGGGCGGGCGGGCGCGCUGCUGCCCGUCGGAGCCGCGGAGGGAGGGAAGGGGGGAGCCGCAGCGCUUGGACGUCGGCGGCGGCUGAGGAGCAGCAGCAGAAGGAGCGAGGAGGACGGGGACGAAGAAGAGGCGCCGGCUCCAGGCAGCCCCAGGAGGAGCCGCCGCCGCCCCCAUGGCGAGCGGAGGACUUUGAAGGAGUUCGGGGGCUCGGCCAGGAUCUGGGCCACUCCGGAUCCGGCGCUUGGUGCUCCCGCCUCGCCCUGUCAUUGAUGGGAAACCAACUGGAUCGCAUCACCCACCUGAAUUACAGCGAGCUGCCCACGGGGGACCCUUCGGGGAUCGAGAAGGACGAGCUGCGCGUCGGGGUGGCCUACUUCUUCUCCGAUGAGGAGGAGGAUUUGGACGAGCGAGGGCAGCCGGACAAGUACAGCGUGAAGGGCUCCGGCAGCCCGGCCCCCGAGACGCCCACUCACCAUCAUCACCACCACCACCACCAUCAUCCUCACGCGCCCCAGCUGGUGCUGAGCGAGACCCAGUUCUCCGCCUUUCGGGGCCCAGAAUGCAUCUUCUCCAAAGUGAGCGGCGACCCCCAGGCGGGCGACCUGAGCGUCUACCCGGUCUCGGCCCUGCCGGCCCUCUGCCAGCCCGGGGACCUGCUGGAGCUGCUCUACCUGGGGCCCUCCGACCACCACCCGCCGCCGCCCCCGCCCCACUGGGCCGUCUAUGUGGGCAACGGGCAGGUCAUCCACUUGCACCAGGGCCAGAUCCGCCAGGACAGCUUGUACGAGGUGGCCGCGGGCAACGUGGGCCGGGUGGUGAGUAGCUGGUACCGCUACCGCCCCCUGGUGGCCGAGCUGGUGGUGCAGAACGCCUGCGGGCACCUGGGCUUAAAGAGCCACGAGAUCUGCUGGACGAACUCGGAGAGCUUCGCCGCCUGGUGCCGCUUUGGCAAGCGGGAGUUCAAAGCCGGGGGCGAGCUCCAGCCGGCCUCGGGCUCGCAGCCUCCCCACCAGCAGUACUACCUGAAGAUCCACCUGGCCGAGGACAAGGUGCGCACGGUGCGCUUUCCCAGCCUUGAGGACCUCAUCAGGGAGAAGCGGCGCAUCGACGCCAGCGGCAAACUGAGGGUGAUCAAAGAGCUGGCCAUCGUGGAGGACAAAGAGUAAUCGCAAGGAAGAGGAUGAUAGGGAGGGGGGC